AUGGACAGUGAUACUGUUGCUGUUCAGGGCGAUGCUGGGGCAAACGUCGCAUCGAAUGAUCGAACAGAAACGGAAAAGACAACAACGACUGGAGCUGACUCUAGCAGCGGUAACGUUGCUAUGGAAACCACACCAAGUAUUCCUACACCCGGGAUGACCUCAGAAGAACAAGAGGACGAUAUCACUAAAAAACCUGAAACUAUAGAUGCGGGUAACGAUAGUGCUGCAGAUGGCAAACAAGAGAAUGCCGUUGAGGGCGAAGGUGGCAAUGCUCAAGCAGACGUGGCUAUAGAGAGCGAUAGUAAACAAGAAAGUGAAGGCAACUCGAAUGUAGGUGCUGUAAAGCCAGAUGAGAAUAUACAUGCAGAACAAAAGGCGGAGAACCCCCCUGUGCCUUCAACACAGGCUGAGAGAAAUGCUCAG